AUGGCUUCUUUGCGAUAUUCAGAUCGGUCGGUUUGUAAGGUUCUGUCCGGCCAUGUAGUAGAAGAGUUUGGCAUUCGAGGACUUGUCAUCAUCUAUGGUCGGAGACACCUCGAAAAUAAUCCAGGGUUCACGACCAUGAAGGGUCGUGAUGAUCUUCUAAUUGGGCCGCGAAGAUUCUCGCGGGCCAUGAAAAGCGAAUAUCACUGUUCUAAAAAUCGGCCUAGGCGGCCGCCUAGGCGGCGCCUAGGCGCUAGGCGGUGCCCGGGCGCCUCCGAUUUGUACAAAUCGUGGGCAAUGGUGGGCGCUUCAUUGACGGGCUUGCAAGAUCAUCUGAAGUUGGCGAGAGAAUACGCUGUGGAAGGACUCUACGACACCUCCGUUAUCUUCUUCGAUGGCGCCAUUGCUCAGAUCAACAAGCAUUUGAAUACAGUGGAUGAUCCCAUGCUUCGUACUAAAUGGAUGAACGUAAAGAAAGCUAUUUCUGAAGAAACAGAGGUGGUGAAGCAGUUGGAUGCUGAGAAAAAAUCAUUCAAGGAGGUUCCUGUUGGCAGGCGGCCCAGCUCUCCUCCUAUUUCAACCAAGUCUUCUUUUGUUUUUCAACCGUUGGAUGAAUACCCCACUUCUUCUGGGGCCCCCAUGGACGACCCUGAUGUGUGGAGGCCUCCUACUCGGGAUCCUACAGGUAGGAGGCCUACGAGAGCGGGUCAAGUGGGCAUGAGAAAGUCUCCACAGGACGGAGCUUGGGCUCGUGGUGGAUCCACUAGAACAACUGCACGUGGGGGGAGGACUGGUGCCACUAGUAAAGUCAACACAGGAGUUCGAUCAUCCACAGCUGGGAAGAAAGGCACUGUGAAAUCAAGCUCUGGAAAAGCAGAUUCUGUUAAUGGUGAUUCUGAGGAUGGCAAGCCCAAAAAAGUUCAAUAUGAAGGUCCUGAUGCUGACUUGGCUGCUAUGCUUGAGAGGGAUGUCUUGGACUCAAGCCCUGGUGUUAGAUGGGAUGAUGUGGCUGGGCUUACUGAAGCCAAACGACUUUUAGAGGAAGCUGUGGUUCUUCCAUUGUUGAUGCCUGACUAUUUUCAGGGAAUUCGGAGACCAUGGAAAGGUGUCCUCAUGUUUGGGCCUCCAGGAACUGGGAAAACUCUUCUUGCUAAAGCAGUUGCCACCGAAUGUGGAACCACUUUUUUUAAUGUUUCUUCGGCAACUUUGGCCUCAAAAUGGCGUGGAGAAAGUGAGAGAAUGGUCCGGUGCUUGUUUGAUCUUGCUAGGGCUCAUGCUCCCAGUACAAUAUUCAUAGAUGAGAUUGAUUCUCUUUGCAAUGCUCGUGGGGCUUCUGGAGAACAUGAAUCAUCCAGAAGGGUGAAGUCUGAGCUUCUGGUUCAGGUUGAUGGUGUCAAUGCAUCUUCCACUAAUGAGGAUGGUACACGAAAGAUUGUGAUGGUUUUAGCUGCUACUAAUUUUCCUUGGGAUAUAGAUGAGGCGUUGAGGAGGCGGCUGGAGAAAAGAAUAUACAUACCAUUGCCUAAUUUCGAGAGUCGUAAGGAGCUUAUUAGGAUAAAUUUGAAAACCGUGGAGGUGGCGGCUGAUGCGGACUUAGACGAGGUGGCUCGGAAGACAGAAGGGUAUAGUGGGGAUGACCUGACAAAUGUGUGCCGGGAUGCAUCACUUAACGGGAUGAGGCGCAAGAUAGCUGGCAAAACACGAGACGAAAUCAAGAACAUGUCCAAGGAUGAGAUCUCCAAUGACCCGGUUGCUAUGUGCGACUUCCUUGAAGCCAUUGCCAAAGUCCAACCGAGUGUCUCGGCUAUCGACAUCGAGAAGCACGAGAAGUGGUUUUCAGAAUUCGGGUCAGCUUAGAUUUUUUUUUAAUAAUAAUAAUUAUUAUUAUUAUUAUUAUUAUAAUAAU